AUGAACGAUAGCCCGGAGUUUGUCCUUGGGCCCGCGCUGGCCUCUGGAUCUCCAGUGGUUGGUGGCUCUAAGGGCCUUUUUGGAGUGCCAGAGCUCAGCGCCCCGGAAGGAUUCCGCGUGGCUCAAGAGAAAGCCUUGAGGAAGACCGAGGUGCUGCUGGAGCUGGCGAGCCAGACCCCGCCGGGGCCGCAGACAGUGCUCAUCUUCGACGAGCUCUCGGACGCCCUGUGCCAAGUGGCUGACUUGGCCGAUUUUGUGAAAAUUGCCCACCCGGACCCGGCGUUCAGAGAGGCUGCAGGAGAAGCGUGCCUGAGUAUAGGGACCGUGGUGGAAAAAUUGAACACCAAUGUGGAAUUAUACCAAAGUCUGCAGCGAUUACUCGCUGACAAAAUGCUCAUGGAUGCCCUGGACCCAGAAACCAGGCGAGUGGCUGAACUCUUCAUGUUUGAUUUUGAAAUCAGUGGAAUCCACUUGGAUGAAGAAAAGCGUAAACGAGCAGUGGACCUCAAUGUGAAAAUCUUGGAUCUGAGCAGCAAGUUCCUCAUGGGAACCAACACCCCCAACAAGAUCGGGAAGCACCUGCUGCCGGAGCACCUCCACCGGCACUUCCUCCUGGAGGGCGAGCACGCGAUCGUGGACGGGCUGCAUGCCGAGGCCCCCGACGACUGGGUGCGAGAAGCUGCUUAUAAAAUUUUCCUGUAUCCCAGUGCGGGCCAGUUGGACUGCCUGGAAGAGUUACUCAGCCACAGAGACCUCUUGGCAAAGCUGGUGGGCUAUUCUACCUUUGCCCACAGGGCUCUCCAAGGAACGAUCGCCCAAACUCCAGAGACCGUCAUGCAAUUCCUUGAGAAACUCUCAGAGAAACUUUCUGAAAGAACCCUGCGAGACUUCGAGAUGAUCCGAGGGAUGAAGAGGAAACUCAAUCCUCAGCACGCUGAACUGAUGCCCUGGGAUCCCCCCUACUACAGCGGGGUACUCCGUGCCGAGAGGUAUAAUAUCGAGCCCAGUUUAUACUGCCCGUUUUUCUCCCUUGGAGCCUGCAUGGAAGGCCUGAACCUCUUGUUUAACCAGCUACUGGGGAUCUCCCUGUAUGCCGAGCAGCCUGCGAAAGGGGAGGUGUGGUGUGAGGACGUCCGAAAGCUGGCUGUGGUUCACGAGGCCCAAGGAUUGCUGGGAUACAUUUACUGUGAUUUUUUCCAGCGAGCUGACAAACCGUACCAGGACUGCCACUUCACCAUCCGCGGAGGCAGGCGGCAGGCGAACGGCGACUACCAGCUCCCGCUCGUGGUCCUGAUGCUGAACCUGCCCCAGCCCUCCAGGGGCUGCCCCACCUUACUCACGCCGGGCAUGAUGGAGAACCUCUUCCACGAGAUGGGCCACGCCAUGCACUCCAUGCUUGGGCGCACUCGUUACCAGCACGUCACCGGGACCCGCUGCCCCACCGAUUUCGCUGAGGUUCCCUCCAUUCUCAUGGAGUACUUUGCCAACGAUUACCGAGUGGUCAGCCGGUUUGCCAGGCACUAUCAAACUGGACAGCCGCUGCCCAAAGACAUGGUCUCCCGCCUUUGCGAGUCCAAAAAGGUUGGUGCGGCAGCCGACAUGCAGCUUCAGGUCUUUUACGCCGUUCUGGACCAGCUGUACCACGGCAAGCAUCCCCUGGGGCGCUCGACCACAGACAUCCUGAAGGAGACGCAGGAGAGGUUUUACCGGCUGCCCUACGUGCCCAACACGGCCUGGCAGCUGCGAUUCAGCCACCUGGUGGGAUAUGGGGCCAAGUACUACUCAUACCUCAUGUCCAGGGCCGUGGCAUCCAUGGUUUGGAAAGAAUGUUUUCUACAGGAUCCUUUUAACAGGGCCGUGGGCGAGCGCUAUCGCCGGGAGAUGCUGGCGCACGGAGGCGGCAAAGAGCCUGUGCUCAUGGUUCAAGGUAUGCUUCAGAAGCGCCCUUCCAUCGACGACUUCGUAAGUGCCCUGGUUUCUGACUUGGACCCGGACUUUGAAACGUUCUUCAUGGAUUCUGAAUAGUGGAAUACUCCCGAACAUUUUCAACCAAGGUCACGUAGAUAGUGCUACCGCUGUGAAAACGUGUUUCUGAUUUCACGAACCACUUCUGUAAAAAAAAAGCCCUUAAGAAGCCCUAAGCUGGUUGAACUUUGAAUAAAGAAUGCGUUUUACGGUG